CUAUUAGCACUGACAAUUGGAUUAUUAGCUUCCAAGCUAAUAUUGAAUUCCCAGAGCUCGAUGGGUAUACAGACUAAGCAGAUAUAUUGCAGCAACAUGCAAUAUCCCCCCCUCCAUUAAGCCCUUUACAGUGUAAGCUGUGUGAACUGUGGAGGUAACAUAAAAGUGGGUGUUUUUCAGUCAACUUCCUACCCUCUGUCAAUCAUCUUAUACUCCUCUGCUUAUCAGUCUCUCUGUGACCUGUGCUCACGGACUCUCAUAAAACACUCAGGGAAACAACACACAUACACACUCUCUCUCUCUCUCUCUCUCUCUCUCUCUCUCUCUCUCACACACACACACACACACACACACACACACAAAGGCAUCUUCCAUUACAAGCCUCCAAAGGAACAGGCGGCGAGCGUGCAAGUAGCUGAAAGACAGUGAGAGAAAGACAGAUAGAAGAAGAGCUGUAAUAGAAAGCCAGCUAGAGGGGCUGUUGGACAGAGCGGAGAGAUCCAAGCAAAGAGAGAGGGAGGGAGACAGAAAGAGAGGGGACGAGAGAGAGAGAGAGAGAGAGAGAGAGAGAGAGUGAGAGGUGAGAGAGACGGCUUGCCGAUUGCUCUCCCUGGUUUGUGUGCAGCUAUGGCAGCCAUGGAGUCGGAGCCAGGCACCCAGUCCAGGGUGAUGUUUCAGACCAAAGAGGAGGAGCCCCCUCAUCGCAAGCUGGGCAAACUAACAGUGAAAUACGACCGUAAAGACCUCCAGAGGAGAUUGGACAUUGAGGAGUGGAUCGACGGGCAGCUACACCUGCUUUACGACUGUGAGGAGGAAGAGAUUCCUGAACUAGAAAUUGACAUUGAUGAACUUCUGGAGCUCCCAGAUGAAGAACAGAGGACCAAACUACACGAGCUUUUGCAAGAAUGUGGAAAGCCAAAAGAGGAUUUUAUCAAUGGUUUACUUUAUCGGAUGAAGGGACUGCGCAAGAUGUCAGGGCCCCUCAAGAAAUAGUACUACAAUAGGUCAAAAUCCACAAGCAAGAUAAUGUGAAAAACAGUAUGUCUGAAAAUCCAUAUUCACCUGUAUAGAGUUGAACAUCUGUCAAUGGAAUUACGUAAAAACACUGAAUUUCCCUUGACAAGUGAGUCAAGAAGGGAGCUGUCCAUAAAUGUUAUUAAAAAAAUUAUUAUCCUUUAUGUACAUUUCUGACACUUCUUCCAGCAGAUAUAGGGUUGCAUCAUAGUUAAAAUUGUACUGUCUAUUACUCAAUUUUUUUUGUGACUUGUAAAUUUUUGGUUGUCUAUUUAUAUGUUUUUGUUCUGAAAAACACUGUAUGUGAUCAUAAAGAAUACCUUUUCAAGUGGA